AUGUCGGAUUUGACAAAGAAAAAACAAUCGAGAAGUGGGCAUCGCGCGUAUGCCACGAGAACUUUAGCGAAAGUUAAAAAGUCCAUGGAUAAUAUUGUGCCAGAAAUAGCUGUGGAGCUAGCGCAGUUAAAGUUAACAUUAAAGGAAAAAAUUGAGACUAUAAAGAAACUAGACGAGACGAUAUUAGAUAUGCUGGAGAAAGAAGAAGACGUAGAGAGCGAGAUCGAAACGUCAUCAGAAUUUAUAAGCGAGAUGUACGGUGGAUUUGCCGCGAUAGACGACGCAUUGAAAAAACUAGAUGAAAAGAAAUCAUCCGAGGUUCCUGUGGAGAUAACAACAGCCACGAACGUAAGUCAAAAUUCACAUUAUACUAGAGUAAAGCUACCAAAAUUAGAAGUUAGGAAAUUCUCGGGAAAAAUCCAAGACUGGCGCGAGUUUUGGGAUUCAUUUGAAAGCGCCAUACAUAAAAAUGAUGCCUUGAGUGAUAUUGAUAUAUUUACGUACUUACGAGGACUAGUUGAAGAACCUGCUAAGUCAGCCAUUGCGGGGUUUGCCCUGAUUGCAGUUAAUUAUUCGGCGGCAGUGAACAUUUUGGAACGACGAUUUGGAAAUAAAACUGUAGUACAACGCGCGUACAUUAAUGAAUUGUUAAAUGUCAAACCUGUGUUCAACGCAAACGACACAGAGAGAUUGAGGAAAUUCUUUGACACCGUAGAAAGUAAUUAUAGAGGAUUGGAAGCGCUGGGUGUGAAUAACGAAAUAUACUCAGAAAUUGUGGUACCGACUGUGUUAAAUAAACUGCCAGAAGUUGUACGACUGACGAUAACGCGCAAUAAGGAACAUUUGACGUGGAAUAUAAAAGAUUUUGUGGACGCCUUGCAAGCUGAAGUUGAAUUACGUGAGUGCCAUGCCUUGACAUCGCUACCUGCUAACAACGAUGGGAGUAACUACACGAGACGUCGACGCGAACCUAGUACUGCUAAUACUCUUUUCGCUGGAAGAAUGGAUUGUGCCUAUUGUAGAGGAAACCACAAGCACGAAGACUGUACGAGAGUGACGAGCAGAAAGGAACGCUUAGAACUAUUACGUAAGUUUCAUCGUUGUUAUAAUUGUAUUAAUAAGGGACAUUUAGUUAGAGAAUGUCGUGCACGUCAUAAUUGUAAUGCAUGUGGGGGGUCGCAUCAUAUUUCUAUUUGUGUUAAACGUUUUGGUGAGAGAAACGAUGAGAAAAAAGGCGAGAAAAAACAAGAGGAAAACGAGACUGUGCAUGUUGGUAAUGUGCAUGUUGGUACGAAAUGUAGGGUUGCUUUGCAAACAGCGCAAGGCAUUUUGAAGGGUGAAAAAGUAAAAAGAGUCAGAGUGCUUUUCGAUUCCGGUAGCCAAAAAUCUUUCGUGACAUCUAGGGCGAUGAAUGAUGCAAAGUUGCAUGUUGUUAGGAAUGAGUGGCUUGAAGUUAGUACGUUUGGUGGUGCGACGAAGGAAGGGAAGAUGCGAGAGGUUGUUGAUUUUGAAAUAAAUUCUAUAAAGGGUAAUCGUAGUGUGCGAGUGGAGGCUUUAGUUGUGCCUCAGAUUUGUCAAGUUAGGAACGAGCAUCUUGAAAUUGUAAAGGGUGAGUAUUCGCACUUGAAGGAUUUGUGGUUGUCUGACGUGUGUAAGUCUAAUGAUGUGUUGGAGAUUGAUAUUUUGAUUGGUGCUGACAAUCUUUGGGCGUUUCAAAGCGGAAAGGUUGUGAAGGGUAAGGAUGACGAGCCGGUUGCGGUUGAUACGUGUUUGGGAUGGGUGGUCAGUGGCCCACUCAAAGGGAGCUCGGAAAAUGAAUGUGCUAACGUCUAUUUUGUUUCGCAGGUCGGAAAUCAGAGUUUAAAUAACAUAGGUUUCGACGUAAACAAAUUGUGGGAUUUAGAAACCAUUGGGUUAGGGAAUGCGAUGACGUACAUGAAGCCUUGUUAGAUAAGAUUAAAUUCAACGGUUCGAAGUAUUCUGUUAAACUGCC